UCCCGUCAAUUGAAUCAAUUACAAUCUAGUACCUUUGACUAUUAGCCUCUGAUUCCAUCUACUCAUUGAAACGCCUAGAGUUAUCUCAAGAUGCAACAACAAGCAGAACACCUGCCCAUUGAGGCAGACGACUCCGGAAUUGACGGCGCCUCCUCGGUCGGGGGACUCUCAGCAGACGAAUCUAGCGCGUCGCUGAGAUCAAGCAUACUGGAUUACCGCCGCGAGAACGGUCGCACCUACCACCGCAUGAGCGACGGCAAAUACGCCUUCCCGAAUGACGCGCGAGAGCAAGAUCGCCUAGACAUGGUCAACCACAUCUGGAUGCUGAUCCUGGACAACGCCUUUUGUCUGUGCCCCAAGAACGACGGCUCUACAGCCAAGAGAGUACUUGACCUCGGCACCGGGACGGGAGUCUGGGCUCUUGAUUACGCCGAGACGUUCCCUGAAGCGACUGUUCUCGGCGUCGACCUCAGUCCCAUUCAGCCGGGAUUCGUCCCUCCCAACUGCAGCUUCGAGGUCGACGAUUUGGAAAAGGAGUGGACCUGGUCCAAGCCCUUUGAUUUCAUCCUCGGUCGGAACAUGAAUGCGAGCUUCUCGGACUGGGACAAUGUCAUAAAGCAGGCGUACGACCACCUCGAGCCCGGCGGCUACUUUGAGAUUCAGGACAGUUGCUGGCCUCCCGUCUCUGACGACGGUACGCUCAGAAAGGACUCGGCGCUUGCGAAGUGGUCGGGUCUUUUGGUCGACGCCUGCAACAAGAUCAAUCGCCCAGUAGACAAGACGCUCGAGUUGCCGGGCAAGAUGGAAGCCGCAGGUUUCGAGGAGGUCGUGGUGACCCCGGUCAAGUUCCCGUCCUCCAACUGGCCCAAGGACAAAAAGCUUAAAGAGAUUGGUGACUGGAACCGAUCUAUGUUGGUGGGCGGCUUGGAGGGGAUGACUCUGGGGCUGCUUACCCGUUUCAUGGAAUGGACCAAGGAAGAGACGCUUGUGUUCUGCGCUGAGGUGAGAAAGGACUUGUUUGACACAAGCAUUCAUGCCUACUGGAAUGGUUAUGUCAUCUACGGACGGAAGCCUUUGAAGGCGGGCGAGGAGGAAAAUUUUAAUUGAAGCGUCAAAAAGAACGACGGUAAUGCCGAGGAAGACUGGGUGUGGCUUGAUUGAAGGAAGUAAUGAGAACAGAGUAUUUUCAAGUAUGGCGAAGUAGAGCCGGGCAUGUGACUCGGAUGAUGAUUUCGAAGCUAAUUUCCCUAUUGAGAAAUUGAGAAGCACUUCAAGUUCAUCGUCCAUCAAUAGAUGUAGCUCCCCG